ACGAUUGGUUGAGUUGUCUAGCCUUUUGUCUCAUAGCUUAAGAUUUCGGCACCGUACGUUUCCUUAGAGGUCGGCUGAUUGCUAUUAUAAACUAUUGCAACAAAGUAGGGAAUCACAUCAUUUGCUCAUUCAAGCACAAGUGAACAUUUCUCACUCAUUCAUCAAACAGCAGAAAAAAAAAAAAAACAUGUCUGGUCGUGGUAAAGGCGGUAAAGGUCUUGGCAAGGGUGGAGCAAAGAGACAUCGAAAGAUCCUGCGUGAUAAUAUCCAGGGUAUAACCAAACCUGCAAUUCGCCGACUUGCUCGUCGUGGCGGUGUGAAGCGUAUCUCCGGUCUUAUCUAUGAGGAGACCCGUGGUGUCCUCAAGGUUUUCCUUGAAAAUGUCAUUCGAGAUGCUGUAACUUACACAGAGCAUGCCAAAAGAAAGACCGUCACAGCGAUGGACGUCGUGUACGCCCUGAAGCGCCAAGGGCGCACUCUGUACGGCUUCGGUGGCUAAGCGACUUCUCUUCCAAGAGUUCAAAACAAAACACAAACGGUUCUUUUAGGAACCACCA